CGUGUUUUAGCCGGCCAAUUUUGAAAUCUCAUCAAAAAACUCUAUGUAUUACUUCAUUGUCGUUCGGUUAAUGCAACAGUACAAGCUAUUCAUUCAAAGCGAAAUUAGGAAGAAAGUUACCGUUAGAAGUUAGUACCCAGUCAAAAUUCCCACUAUCUAGGGAGUAAUGAUAAUAAUCAUUUAUCAUCAAAGUCAAAUUUGUGACGGAAAUUGAUGGGAAUUGGAAGGAACUUCUGGGAUGCGCUAAAACCCUAUGCUAAAUAUGAGGGUUUUGAUUUUUUGAGGAACAAAAAAGUUGCAGUUGAUCUUUCUUUCUGGAUUGUCCAACAUGAAACUGCUCUCAAAUCUACCCGUGUCAGAAAUCCCCACCUUCGUCUUACUUUCUUCCGUACUAUCAACCUUUUUUCCAAGUUUGGUGCAUAUCCUGUAUUUAUCGUGGAUGGAAAGCCAUCACCUUUGAAGUCUCAAGUUAGGAUUGCACGGUUUUUUCGAUCCUCUGGCAUUGACCCAAAAGAUAGGCCUGUUGCUGAAGAAGGAGUUUCCGUUGAUCGGAACAAGUUUUUCGUUAAAUGCGUGGAGGAGUGCGUGGAACUUCUCAAGCAUCUUGGGAUGCCUGUUCUAAGAGCUACAGGCGAAGCCGAAGCACUUUGUGCUCAAUUAAAUAGUGAAGGUCUUGUAGAUGCUUGCAUUACUGCUGACAGUGAUGCAUUCCUUUUUGGCGCCAAGUGUGUGAUAAAACACGUGGAUCCUAAAUCAACGGUACCAUUUGAAUGUUAUUUUGCCGAAGACAUUGCUGUUGGUCUAGGUUUGAGAAGGAAACAUUUAAUUGCUGUUUCUCUUUUGGUUGGUAGCGACUAUAAUUUAAAUGGUGUGCAAGGAAUAGGGCUAGAAACAGCUCUUCGUUUUGUCAAAAACUUUCAUGAAGAUCAAGUUCUACAAAGGUUAAGUGAAAUAGGUUCUAGUCCCAUUCUUCCACCUGAUGCAAUUGUUGGUUCUUCUGAUAUGAGUCCCCAAAGUUCAAAUAGGUUGUCCCAGAAGAUAAAAGCCCCUCAUUGUUCUGUAUGUGGUCAUCCAGGCAAGAAAACUGCUCAUAGCAGAGUGCCUUGUUCGUAUUGUCAUAGCGCUGCCGGUGUGAAUUGUAGUAAAAAGCCUUCUGGAUUCAGAUGUGAAUGCUAUCAUUGUGACAAUGACCGGAAACAAAAAGAGCACAAGAAGAAUAAUAAUUGGCACCUUCAAGUGUGCAAAAAGAUAGUCGCAGAAUGUGAUUUCCACUGCAACGAGAUUAUUGAAUUAUACUUCAGAAGAGAAGAUAACGACGACUUCAAUGCACGCUUAUUGUGGGAAGGACCAGAUAUUAAUAUGUUAAUUGAUUUUUUGGUUUAUUAUCUGCAUUGGGAGCCAUGUUACAUUCGACAACAUAUGUUCCCUAUGCUCUCCACCAAUUUUUUGAGAGAUAUGGCUUCGAGUCCAACUGAAAGUUUAUUGCAUGGACAAUAUGAAUUUGAUUCUAUUCAGCGUGUAAAAGUUCGGUAUGGUCAUCAAGUUUAUGUGGUCAGAUGGAGGAAAUCUUCACCAACACCAAAUGAUAUCAAUAAUUUAGCAUUUUCUGAAGAGUGUUUAGUAGAAUCUGUUUGUGAGACUGAAGAUACUCGAACAGAGGGAUCUAGCAAUGAUACGGACGAGCUCAACGUGGCCCAAGUUUAUGUCGAUGGUGAAAGCAGCUUUCUAUUGACAGAUGAAAAUAUGGAGCUUGUCCAAACUGCUUUUCCCGCUGAAGUUGACUGCUUUCGGCAGCAAAAGGAAGAGAAAGAAUUAAAAAGAAAGUCGAGACCUCUAAGAACUAGCAUAGAGCUUCAGGGUCAUUCAGAGGGUGUUCAAUCAGCAAUGACCGACUAUUAUCGUUCAAACAAACCAAUAAAUCAGGGCAAAGACAAUCAUGAGUCGGCUCAAAACGAAAAAUCUGGGCGUUUGAGAGAAAAGGGCAAGUCAUCGUCAAGUGCAAGCCUUCCGAAGUCUACAAGACGUCGGCUUUUAUUUAGCUGAAGCUCCUUUUAGAAAACACGCGGACUUUAUGUGCAAGCCUUCCACAUUAUCUCGCAUGAAAUAUUCAGGCUUUUUGAACUUGUACAGAAAUUUGUACAUACUACAUAUUAUCUUUUGUAAGUCCCUCGCUAUUCUCUCGGUUUAUUUUAAGCUUGUCGAUACAAUAUUAUGAUUGGGUUUUGAGCUUCUAUGAUGAGAGGCUUGGGAGCUAUUUAC